CGCCCGAUCCUUCUUUCUCCACCCUUCGAUUUUGCGUCAUAUAUAUCGUCCUUCGAUUUAGAUUGCGAAGCCGUCGAAUCCAUCCUCCUUCUCCGGCUUCGUUCGGCGCUGCCGCCUUAUUUUUUUCGAGAUCGGGUGAGUAGAAGAUGAUCCAGCUGCUGUUCACGAUGCUGUCGGCGGAGGUUGGGGUGGCGGUGGCCCUCCUCUUCAAGACCCCGCUCCGCAAGCUCGUUAUCCUCGGCCUCGACCGUUUCAAGCGCGGCCGCGGGCCCGUCAUGGUGAAGACCGUUGCAGGCACCGUCGUAAUCGUCCUCGCCUCCAGCCUCUACAGCAUGGCCAAGAUCCGCAGCCGCUCCGCCGAGUUCGGCGCCUUCACGCCCACCGACCAGGUCCUCAUGAGCCGCCACCUCCUCGAAGCAUCCCUCAUGGGUUAUUCCCUUUUCCUUGUUCUUAUUAUAGACCGUCUUCACCAUUACAUUAGAGAAUUACGUGGGCUAAGAAAGAGCAUGGAGGCUGUUAUGAAGCAAAACAGGGUACUGGAAGAAACAAAAUGUGGGGGUUCAGACGAAAUAAAAACAAGGGACAGAGAGAUUGCAAGCCUGAAUGAACAGAUAAAACAUUUAAAAUUCGAGUCAGAGGAAAGAAUAAAGGAAGCCAGAGCUGCAGAAGCAAAUGUGAUGGCUCUGAAAAAACAAUCUGACGAUUUGCUGAUCGAAUAUGAUCGCCUCUUGGAGGACAACCAGAACAUCCUCAACCAGUUGCAUUCAAUCGAUCACUGAUUGUCACCUUCCGAAGGUAUGAAAACAAUCUGAACAAUUAUUGACCCCGCCAGUGUUGAUCCCUUGAUGAGCUAUUUCGGUAUUUGUUAUGCGGAAAUAAUACUUGUAGCUGUUCUUGGACAUGGAAGGAGUUGGAAUUGGUUGUGAGGAACAAAUAAAGAAAAUUGUUCUACCUGUUGUUGGUUUUGUACUAUUAUCUGUGUAACCAUUGAGUUGUGCCAAUUAGAUAUUUUGCUGAUAUA